AUGGCAGCAACCGGCAACCAGGACAUCAAGUCUCCCGUGCCCGGCGAAACGUCGGCGUUGACUGGAGACGAUGGAGAUGCCGCUUCCAUCCAGCUCAAGGAGACCCAAGAACCAAACCGCAUGGCAGAGGCUCAGGCCAUGAGCGAAGAGGAGAUAGCCGAAGUUGAGAAGAAGCUGAAACGGAAGCUUGAUUUUCGUCUUCUCACUGUCGUAUGGAUCAUCUUCAUCUUGAACUAUCUCGAUAGAAAAAACAUUGCUGCAGCCAAAGUCGCUGGUAUCAAAAACAGUCUGAGGAUUGACAACACUCAGUACGGGACGGCGGUUUCGAUCUUGUUCAUUCGACCAUCUCUUUUCAUUCCCGCUUGUGUCGUUGUGUGGGGUGGCAUGUCCGCAGCUACGGGUGCCGUCACCAAUCUCUCAGGACUUUAUGCCAUUCGUUUCUUCUUGGGAAUCGUCGAGGCAGCCUUUCUCCCUGGUGCGCUAUUCUUGAUCUCAUCAUGGUAUAAGAGAGAUGAAAUGGGCUUCCGCGGAGCUAUCUUGUUCUCCGGCAGUCAACUGGGAAGUGCCUUCUCUGGUCUGAUUGGUGCGGGAAUUCAACAUUCUCUCGACGGCGCCAGAGGUCUCGAAUCACGGCGUUGGCUAUUCAUCAUUGAGGGGUGCAUUACCAUCUCCGUUGGAGUCUUCGCCAUCUGGUUGCUCCCCGACUGGCCCUCGACUACAUCCUGGCUGACUCCCAAGGAGCGAGCUGUCGCUGAAUGGCGUCUGGUCAAGGACGCCGGACAGGUUGACGAAGACGAUGAGCCAUGGUCAUGUGGCUUCAAGCUUGCCCUGAUGGAUUGGAGAAUUUACCUCUUCACCUUUCUUUUCAUCUGCAUCCAGGUCUGCUCUGCGGUCGGCAACUUCUUCCCCGAUAUCGUCGACACCCUUGGAUAUGGUCGCGUCAAGACUCUUCUUCUAACUGCGCCGCCCUACCUCGUCUCUCUCUGCGUCUCCAUCGCCAACAACUACUCGGCCGACCGAACUCACAAUGCAAGCUUUCACAUCAUUUGGCCUAUGUGCAUUGCCAUCAUGGGAUAUAUCAUUGCCGCGACGACUUUGAGCACGGCGCCCAGAUACUUUUCCAUGUUCUGCAUGACCAUUGGCGCAAAUGGCACGAACGCGGUGUUGCUGGCCUGGGUACAGAAGACCAUGAUUAGACCACGCAUCAAGCGCGCUUCUGCUGUAGCUAUCGUCAAUGCUCUUGCCAACACCAGUCAAGUCUGGACUUCUUAUCUCUACCCAGACUCCGAUGCGCCUCAUCACGUACUAGCCAUGAGUGUCAACGCUAGCGGCGCUUUCCUCGCUAUAUGCACGGCCCUUGUCUUGCGGUUCAUUCUCCUUCGAUACAACAAGCAGCUCGCAAGUGGCCAGAAGACAGUCGCACAGGUCAUGAAGGGACAGGCAGUCAAGGCCAUUGCAGGUGUGACGUCGGAGGAGAAUGAGAGAAGAAAGGAGGCGUUCCGAUUUGAUGCGUAUGCCUCAUUAGGGUUGGAGGUGGCGCUUGGGUCAUCGAGGGGGAAAGGAGGUCAACAUGAAGCCGGUGAGAAGUCCGAUGUAUCAAGACACAAGGUCGCGGCAUUCUCUUCAGCGUCUGUUUCAUUUCACAGCAGAGACAACAACGUUUAUCCUUCAAGUUACAUGUCCAAAGGUCUGCCUUAG